AUGAAUCCAAAUAGUCUACAUCUGCUUCAGGAACUACAACAACAAUCUGGAGGUAAUAAGUUAGAUAAGGAUAAGAUUCCAGGAGCUGCUGGUGCUGCUGGUGGCCCCACAACCGGUGGUAUUUCGUCAUUGUUCACGGAAGAUCCGCAGCACAGAAUGUACACAUCAUAUUCCUUCACCACGCUUGGCGCGACAAAGAAUGUGUACAGUCUGGGACUGCCAACCGGACUGCCGGAUCCCACAGUCUUCGCAAAGUCUCUCUCCAUGAACAUGCUGAACAACAACUACCUGCGCACGCAGACCCACUAUGUGUACGACUCUACGGGAUUCGGCAGCUACGACUGGGCUGAUCUACAGUACUUACCUCCGUCACACCAGGAGGUGAAAGGUGGAGCAGGUGGACGCCAGCAUCAGCAGCUUCACCACCGUCGUCAGCAUCAGCAGCAAGAUGAAAGCGUUCGUGCCGUAACGACGAUCGUGCUGCCGCCAGACCUUCUUGAGCUAGCACUCUAUGUCUUUGACUCGUUACAGGAGUUCUCGACAGCCUGUGCGGAACGCGAGAAGCAAAAGAAGCUGAUGCGUGAGCAAAAAGAACUCCUGGACAAAGUAGGCCAGCCGGGUCCUCCGAUCGUAAAGCAGGAUGCAGAUGGGAACGAGGUGGAAGUGGCUACCAUUUGCAUCAUAGGGUCCGACGGCAAAGCGCAGGUUGUUCCGGAAGAAGAAGCAAAGGCGGAAAUGGCAGUGAUAGAGGCUGAGAGAAUGCAGCAGGAAAAGCGCGAUGCAAAACGGUCCAUGGGCAGCAAACUCCUUGGAGGUGGAGCUGCAGUAGAUAGAGGCGCUGCUGCUGGCGAUUCGUUGCAACCGGAAAAGCCGGUUUUCUUGACGCGAUCGAACGUGACGGACAACUGGACGUCACCUAGUAUUUCCGAUAGUAUUCGCGUUGGCGAGAUUUCCGCGAAAGGCUACGAUGACAUCAUCCGCGAAGGCCGCGCCGCGUCCUCCGAUCGUCGCUCGAAAGACAGCGUAAUGUUCAAAACAACCGCAAGUUCCGUCCAGAAGCUCCGUGCCGUUUCUCAGAAAGUCGGCGUUUUGUCGAAUUUAAAGAAGAAAGAUGGAGUGGUUGGGGAAGCGAAGAAACCCACCAGCAAAUGGGACCAGAUCAACAGGAAGCACAAGCAGGAAGCGGAGAAGGUAAAAGAAGCGGCUAAAACUUUUGCGAGUUACGUUGUUGUCGAUGACGACGAUGAAGAAGGCCAAGAAGAGUCGGAGGACGGCGCAGGUAGCCCCAAAGACACUGUUGCUGGAACAGGCGCUGCCGCUGCAAAGAAGAGACGUGCUCGUGGCGGUCUUAGCACAAAACAGGAUGGCAACGAAGACGGUGGAGAUUAUGGUCAUGACUCAGACUCGAAUGUGUCAUCCGGUGCUGGCGAUGGAAGUAGUGGAGGCGACAAGAAAGGACGCAAGUCUUCACGGCGUGGUGGAGGUACUACUACUAAGUCUAAGAAGGGCAAAAAUAACAAUAACUCUCUUGGCACGAUCGAUGAAGAGGGUAGUGAGGAUAGUGAUGACGGGGAGAUAGGUUCACCGAAGCGCGGCAAAUCGUCGAAGUCGCCACGCGGCAUCAUGAAGAAAAGUGCUGGAGGAGGCGCGUCUAAGUCGAGCGGCAACCAUGCGUCGUUUCGCGACAGUCAUCCUCCUCUUGGGCCAGAGGGCUUCCCUGAGUACCAGUACGAAGAUUUGCUGCGCGAAAUCGAGGUGGAAGAGGAGCAAGAGCAACGUAGUUAUCAACAGCUUGGGUCGUUGCCAAGCUACGUUGGGGAUGUCACGUUGCUUCGCUACUUGGACUUCGAACAGCUACGCGGGAUCAAGCUGACGAUGUACGGGCUGGAGAUUUUGCCCGAGAAAACGCCGGAGGACCGGGCUUUGACGUAUCUGAGUGAGCACUCAGUGAUGUCGCCUCGUACCAGCAGUUUGGAAAAAUUAGGCCCGCCCUACCCGAUCAACUUCGAGAAGGAGCGGAAGGACCCAAACAGACAGACCUUCCCCAGAGGCCCAACAUUUCCGGACUGGUACCCGAAUUCGCAGGACGAUUUGCUCAGUUUCGGUCGCUUUCCGGGAAUUGACGUGCUCGAAAGCAAGGGCGACCGGGAACGUGCCGCAAAGAUCCAGCAGAUGCAAGAGGAGCUGUUCUACACUGCUGAAAGCGAAGAGCAGAAGGCGAAGCUGCAACGGGACACCACGGCUUUGGAAAGCGCACAGGAAGCGGCGUUUCUGAGAGAAAAGCUCUUGUUCAAAUACCCCGAUAAGGAGAAGAAGUUCCGCAACAAGCAUCUGACCUACACGCCGCAUCCCCUAGUCGAGGAGCGCGCUGACAAGCAGCGCGAUAACGAGUCGAAAACACUUGCUGGCGUCGCCUACCCCUCUGGCGCGGUGCUGCAAGCUACGAUGCGAGUGCAGCUGUGGGAUCCGCAAAAGCUACGCGCACACCUCCACAAGAAUCCGAAUCGGAAGGCGGAUGACUGGACAGGUCUGAAAGCCUUCAAGAAGAGUCUCGCAGCCGGAACAGUGCCUCUUGUUUCUCUAGAACAAGCCAAGCUGCUCACCGAAAAGAAGGACGAAGCGUUGAAGCUACUGGAAGACCCAGAAGAUACCACUGGCUCCUUGCGUGACAAAAUUUUUGACAAGGUGAUGUUCAAAUCGCGACUUACGCAAGAAACACACGAAGAAUGUGGUCCGUACUUUGCAUACUGGAAUCUGUGUGCGCGAUUCACUUUCCCUUUGUCCACGAAUUGCUCGCGGGCCCUUCCGACAGUGGACGCCAAAUUCGACCUUUCCUCUCUUGCAGACCGCCAGAUUAUCACACGGGACACAAGGCCAGUGCGGCCUCGCAGUUUGCGGUCCUACAUACCCUUCGUGCCAGACCCACGACCGGAAAACAAAGACACUUUCUUGUAUGCGGGUGGUGGAACAGGAGGAAAGGCUAGUACAGUCAGUUUUGCGGUGGAGGGAACUGCAGCUGGCUCUCCGCCUUCGCCGCGUCCGGCUAUAGCAGGAGAAGCAUCUUCGCUCACGACCGGCCCUGGCGUUCCAGGCGUGAAAGGGCGAGCAAGCGACAAGGCACGCGCAAUUCUCCCGAGCCUCUUUGCUGAAAAAACCAAGUCUAAGUUUCGCAGCAAGCCCUUGCAACUUGGAUUCAAUACACCAGAUGCGGGGGCAGAGGGAGAGCAGGACGAGCAGAACUCAGCUGGAGAAAACAGCGGGGCCGUAGUGGCAGGUGGUCUGCCAUCUUCUGUCCGUGCUGCGCAGAGUCCGGCACUGAUGGCGAAAAUGGUCAGCCGUAUGAAAGGCAUGGUCAGUUCGAAAGCUGACGAGAUUCCUCCUCCCAAACCCCUUUCCUCCACGGGCGGGCUCCCCUUUAGUCUGUACAAGAUCGGAAAAUUCAAGAAGAGCCGAUGGAGCUACUACAUGCUGGGUGGGGAGAUGUUUGAUGAGCAGACGGACCUGGAGCGCGCCUUGGGCAAGGUCGCGAACCCUCGCACAGGCCGUUCUAUCGCUCGUGGGCCCGGUUACUACGUGCUGAACCCGCAGCGCAUCAUCCGGCGCAAGGAUCAAAAAAACUUCGCGCCCUUGUGGCAAAGUUUCGAGGGUCGUGCGACUUUUCUGGGGAGCAUGAUGUAUCGUGUUGAGGUGAACGUGACAACUUUGGUACCCUGUACGGCGGUCGUCAAGCUCCUGGGCUCGAAGAAUAGCAAGCAAAAACAGUGGGACCUCGUCUGGGCACCACCAUUGCAGUUUGCUGAUCAGAAAGCUCUCUCCGAUACUGUCGGUGAAGGGGAAGAAGAUCAAUCACCACUAGAAGGUGAGGGAGCCACGACUGGUGCCGCUAACCUCGAGCAAGAAGGAGAGGGGGCCGUCAAAGUAGAGGACAAACCUACCGAGGGGGCACAAGACAGCGAAAAGAAGGCUGAGGUUGGAUCUACUAGUUCGUCAAGUAGCGCCUCCGGAGACGACAACGCCGACGUUUGUUCAGACGAAAAUGCAGCCAAAACAAAGGACGCGAGCGCACCUGAAAAACCUAAGCGGAAGUUGGGUGGUUUGCUGAAGAAGACCAAACUACCCGAGUCCGAGGGGGCGGAAAGAGAUGAAAGUGGUGGAGAAAAGCCACUGGGAGAUGAAGUAGAUUUGGAAUCAACCACCACUGCCACGUCGCAUCAAGCACAACUAUUUGAAAACAAGACUGCAGCUGACAAGUCGAAGAUGGCAGCCGCCCUCGCGACCUUCCAGUCCUCCUUGCCCAAGCUGGAAGUCGUGCGUGCGCAAGUUCUUCCGCAGCUCGGGAAAGCCCCUAGCAACAGCAUGCGCGUGACUUGGCUGUCAAAGCAUCGGUUUUUCUUUGACACUCGCAUGACGAAGGUGAGAGAUCUGCAGAAGGGCAUCGAAACCGCCGCCAUGGAAAAGCUGCAGCUGGAGCGCCCCUACACAUCCGCACCGCUGGGAGCUAAUCGAUUAUUAGGUGCUGUGGCCAAGAUGAAGAAUAUUCGAGACCAGCUGAAACUCGGCGACGACGACGCGACUGGUGGAGCAAAUAAGGAAGCUGCUGCGCCAGAGCUGUUUCAGCCGCCACCCAUGGUUGUGGAGAUGGCGGCGAAUAACAAAGCAAAUGCGAAAGGGAAGAAAGUCGGCGGGAAAAACUGGAUUUUGCGCUUGGAGAACCUGGAGCACCCUGAUUGGCCUGUCCCUGAGCCCAGCGAGAACCUAGCAGGUGAAUCCUUCACGUUCCGCGGCCGCGGCAAAACGUUCAUUUAUGAAGGCGACAAGCUGGAGUACCUGGAUGGGCCUGUCGACAAGGAUGGCGUGCUGCAGCCUUGCUGGCGAGACAGCUGGUCCGCAAUGACAGUGGCAGAACUUCGACACAAAAUCUGGACACGAAAGGCGUUUUCCGGUCUAAAACUCGCGGAAGUUCAGAAAAUGGAACGGGAAGCGACAAUGGCACAGCAGUAUUUUCCUAGAAACAUGAUCACAGAUCUAGACCGCAAUCCGCGAGCAGAGCACUUUGGCUUCGAUGUGUCUGGAGGAUUUCGCUUUUUCCUGUUUGGACGGGUGCGGCCGUCCCCUGAAGCUUCUUGGCGGAGUUACGAAAUACAAAUUCGAAAACUACAAGUAGCUCCGAUGAAUAAGUCUGUGUCUGGCCUGCCUGGUGCAAAUAAAGGAAAUCUCAUGAACAACAAGAGUUCUUCCAAGGGCAUGAUGCUAAGUCUACGUAGCCAAGGUGGUGUCCGAGGCAAGAGUGGCGAUAAAAAGUCAUUCCUUCCACCGGGAGAAAUCGAAGUGACUGAACUGCUUCCGCCAUUCGAAAUCCCUGGAUCGGGAGCACCUCAGAGUAAGGAGGAUGAAAUCGCUAAACUGAUUGAAGAACAUCACUCAGGGCCCCGAAUAGAAGCGCCCUCUGGCAUCCCGCUAGAACCGGAGUGGUGGGGACCCGCGCCAGACGGUGAGGAGAAACGGAAGAUUCAAUUGGAAGAAGUGAAGUGCGUUCGGUACCAAGAGAAACAUGGGAGUACGAGUAGUACUAGUGGUGGUCGAGGAUCGAAAGCCGUCGCUAGAGCUAGUACACUGAAACGACAAGACAGUCUCAGCCCGAUGCAGAAAUUGGAACUCCAGAAUCAGAUUCCAGCAGCAACUACUACAAGAACUGGCGCUUCGGCAACGAACCGUUUAGCCGUGCGUGAGCGACUCUCUGCUUCGUGCUGCUUCGUGAAUGUAGUGCGCAUCUUCGAAGAUUCCGCCAAUCGGAAAUGGAGACCCGCGCCCUCAGGUCUGGGCCAAUUUGGACUUGGUAGUGCCGUCUUUCGUCCGAGGAGUCAGGUGUGGUAUCGCGGUCCCUCCUGGAUGGUCUUAGGGAUCACCCUCUACGAGGAAACCGACAUUCAGCGCAAGGGCUUCCUGGCAAAACACCAGUUUGAAUUUCUCUUGUCAGAAUUCCAGGACACAAGCGCCGUGCCUCCGCCAAUAGCCUCUCCGAAUACUAGAGGUGGGCGAGGAUCAUCCCGCCGAGCACUGGCAGAUCUAGAAGGAGGAGAAGGUACUAUGGGGCAACUGUCUUUCGAACUGGAUGCUGAGGACGAGCCAGACGUGAUGAUCGGAGUAACCAUGCGCGAGUUCGUAGGCGGACAACACUUCAAAGGUGGAAAGAAGCUCGGUGAUGAGGCGCGGCCAGGAACACAAGAAGGAAACUUCUCCGACCUUACAUUUGCUGGAGGUAUAUUUCUUGGUCUUGCUCUUGUUCUUGUAGUUUUUAGUAGUCAUGAACAUGAACAUGACCUUCAUCUUUCCCGAACGACGUCCUCGACUUUAUUUUGAGUCAUCCUUUUUGAGUUUAACAACAUUAUGUAUGAUCAUUAACUCCACGGUUGACACUUCGUCUGCGACUUUUUUCAGGCUCCAAUCGACGUGGCGAGAUGGAUCGUGGGGAAUUUAUGGAUUUUCUUCGAGCUCUGGUGGAAACCUGGGGUGAACGUCGCAUGUAUGAGAGGCUUAGAACGUUGCUUCUUCGUCGUUUGACGGAACGCAUCAAAAGAAAACUAGUGUGGGAGAUGCUCUAUACUAGGAAUUGA